AUGCGGGAGGCGCGCGGGGCGCGGGCGGCGCUGGCGCUGCUGCUGGCGGCGGCGCUGGGCCCGGGCCCGGCCCGGCCGCACCCGCAGUGCCUGGACUUCAAGCCGCCGUUCCGCCCGCCGCGGGGCCUCGCCUUCUGCCGCCGCUACGGAGCCUUCGGCUGCUGCGAGCCGCGGCGAGACCGGGCGCUGCUGCAGCGCUUCUACCGCCUCAGCGCGCACCUCGACGGGCACACGUACGCCGCCUGCGCCGGGCACCUGCAGGAUCUGCUCUGCCAGGAAUGCUCUCCGUACGCAGCUCACUUGUAUGACGCCGAGGAUCCCUCCACCCCCGUGCGGACGAUACCGGGACUUUGCCAAGACUAUUGCCAGCAAGUGUGGCAAAAAUGCCGCUCCAUUUUUCGCUACCUCUCGGCAGACCCGGAGUUAAUCGCGCUGGAGAACAACAUGGCGAAGUUCUGCCGCUACCUGUCCUUGGAGGACACGGACUACUGUUUCCCACACCUGCUGGCGAACGAGAACCUCAACCAGAACCUGGGGCUGGUGACGGCCGAUGCAGAGGGCUGUCUCCAGCUCUGCCUCGCGGAGGUGGCCAACGGGCUGCGCAACCCCGUUGCGAUGGUGCACGCCAACGACGGCACCCACAGGUUCUUCAUCGCUGAGCAGGUCGGCCUGGUGUGGACCUACCUCCCCGAUCGGUCCAGGCUCGAAAAGCCCUUUCUGAACAUCAGCGAAGCCGUGCUUACCUCGCCUUGGGAAGGAGACGAGAGAGGUUUUCUAGGUAUUGUCUUCCAUCCUAAAUUCAAAUUUACUGGUAAAGUGUAUGUCUACUAUUCGGUUGAAGUUCGUUAUGAAGAGAGAAUCCGAAUCAGUGAGUUCAGAAUUUCUCCCGGUGACAUGAAUACUUUGGACCAUGGUUCUGAAAGGAUAAUCCUGGAAAUCGAGGAACCCGCUUCCAAUCACAACGGAGGAGAGCUGCUCUUUGGCGAUGAUGGCUAUCUCUAUAUAUUUACUGGAGAUGGAGGCAUGGCUGGGGAUCCGUUUGGGACCUUUGGAAACGCCCAGAACAAAUCAACACUGCUGGGCAAAGUGCUGCGGAUCGAUGUGAACAAUAAUGACCGGGGGCCUCUGUACAGAAUCCCUCCAGACAACCCUUUUAUUGAUGAUCCCCAGGCUCGCCCUGAAGUCUACGCCUACGGAGUGAGAAAUAUGUGGCGCUGCUCCUUUGACAGGGGUGAACCUCAAACGAAGGAAGGGAAAGGGCGUCUCUUCUGCGGGGAUGUAGGGCAGAACAAAUAUGAAGAAAUCGACAUCGUGGAGAAAGGGAAAAACUACGGCUGGAGGGCAAGGGAAGGAUUCAGCUGUUAUGACAAAAAACUUUGCGCCAAUUCUUCAAUGGAUGAUGUGCUUCCAAUCUAUGCGUAUCCACACAAAAUGGGGAAAUCUGUUACGGGAGGCUAUGUCUAUCGGGGCUGCGAGUCUCCAAACUUGAACGGCCUGUACAUAUUUGGUGAUUUUAUGAGUGGACGCCUGAUGUCUUUGAAGGAGGAUCGUACCACCAGAGAGUGGCAGUACAGUGAAAUCUGCAUGGGGACGGGACAAACCUGCAUGUUCCCUGGGCUUAUCAAUAACUAUUAUCAGUACAUCAUCUCUUUUGCUGAAGAUGAAGCAGGGGAACUUUACUUCAUGUCUACUGGCGUACCGAGCGCCACGGCUCCCCAUGGGGUGGUGUACAAAGUGGUGGACACCUCCAGGAGAGCACCACCAGGAAAAUGCCGAGUUGAGCCUGUGCCAGUGAAAGUAAAAAGCAAGCUCAUAAAGUUUGUGCCAAAGGAGAAACUCAUUGUGAAAACACCAACGCCACGUCCCCGGCUGAGGACCACGACCGAGGCCCCGGGGAGAGGCUGGCCAGACCCUGCAACGUCCCACGUGCCAGCCCUGGACCGGGUGGACCGAAUCCCAGUACUCCCAGUGAACAACAGCAGGAUACUGGUCCCCACCCCAGCACCAAGCCCCAGGGUCCCCAAGCCCGGGAAGGGGGAAAGGAAGGGACAGCGCAGAAAGAAGAAACCCCGCAACGGCGCCGUGCGGCUGAUGGACCACAGUGGCCGUGGACGGAGCUGGGGCCGGGUGGAGGUCUACAUCGACGGUGAAUGGGGUACGGUGUGUGACGAUGGCUGGAGCUCGGCGGCUGCUGCCGUGGUGUGCCGCCAGCUGGGCUUCCCCCAUGUGGUGAGGGCAAGCAAGAAGGCGGAAUUUGGGGAAGGGACCUCGCUUCGUAUCCUCCUGGAUGACGUCCAGUGCUCGGGGCAGGAGAAGACGCUGCUGGAGUGCGCCCACGCCAAGGUUGGUACGCACAACUGCUCCCACGAGGAGGAUGCCGGUGUGGUGUGCAGCCAGGAGGAGGUGUCAGACUGGUGAUGGGAGCUGGAGAAGGCAGCUGAGAGACAAAGAGCACAUCCCCUUCUUGCCCGACCCUCUAAAGCAGCAAGAGCAUUGAGGAGGGUGUGAUCUGCCCGGGGGAUGGCACAUGUGUUUGAAGUCAUCUUGGGGUUUUCUUCACCUUCAUCCCUAUGCAUCUGCCUUGGAGGGGAAGAAGAAGUAGAAUGAAGAGGUGACUCGAGAGUGCGUUGUGGGCAACUAACGGGUUUGUAUGGGGUCUUUCUCAAGCAGAAAAAUCCAAACCUUAGCAAUUACACAUAAGAAACGGGAUGCAUUCUCUUGCCCUUUCACCUUUCAAAAUGCAACAUUGCCCAGCCAUGCUUCACAAUGUUUAGCCAAAAAAAGAAAUUCCCAAAUGACCGUAUUUCACUUUUGCUUAUGGAGGUGUUUGCAUUGUUUUCCUUGCUUUGCUGUUUGUAGCUCUCAGUGGUGGUUUCUAAGUAUGCAUAAAUCAGUGCCUUUCUUUGCAGAAUACAAAAGUAGAAUUUUUGUUAACUUUUCGUGCACUAGUUUAAAGGAAAAUGAUUCUUUUGUAAUGCUUAAUGUUGGUGUAAGCCUAUGGAUUAUUGAAGAUAACCACAUCUAAGCAACAGUCGGGUAAAUCAGAAGAAGUUAUAACAUACUACCUGGAAAACAGUUCUCCAGGUUACAGUAGUCUAAGGGAAAAGAAAAUCUGGUCUUCUAUACACAACAGGAUUGAUAUCCAGUUUAACCCUGAAGAUACUUUGUAUAUAUUUUCCACUUUCUCAAGCAUCAUGAAACCACAUGAUUUUUGCAUUCAGUUUUCACAGUUAUGGAAGAUGCAAUGUUGUGGGGUAAUAAUCCUGUAACAUUUACCCCUUUUGAAAGAAUAUUAAAAAUGAAAACAAAGAAA